AUGGAAAACAUAGAGCAGUAUCAGUACGAACCGCUCCCUCAACCGAACUCGAUACGGUUCAUGAGGCUUCAUUCUGGUGUCGGGCCGGCAGAGUUCUCUUGCAGUCUUGUAGUUGCGGAUAUUUCAAAUCCCCCGGAAUAUAUCGCGCUUUCAUAUGUGUGGGGCCAUCCAUCGCACACCGUGCCCAUACUUUGUGACGAUUUUGUAUUCAGCGAUAUAAAAGCGCUAUUUGUGGGCCUGCAAGCUAUCCACUACUUGGGUGGAACAAUUAGGCACUUCGAUGAAACGACCGGGGACCUCCAUUGGGUUGGUAAUGGGAGAUGCUUUGUAUCAGCUCUUCCUCCUGCGCUUGUCCACCCACAUCAAGAAGAACUGGCCCGUCUAAAGCGGUUCUUUUGUCGACCAUAUUUCUCCCGCACAUGGGUUCUGCAAAAGGUCGGGCUGGCUUCGUGUGCCGUCGUGCGGUGGAGUGAUCUCGACAUAGAAUGGCAUCCCAUCGACAUAAUCACCAUGUUCCUGAUGCGGCAUUGCAGAGCACUCUUGGAACGGCUUGACCUUUCGACGGAGGUGAACAAAGUAUACCAUCUGCAUACCGCCUACUCGCCCUUCGUACCCCAGGCCACGUUACUCCAUAUUCUAGAUAAGGCAAGGCGUCUUGAGGCGACGGAUUCGCGAGAUAAGAAUAACCGAUCAAUAUCUGGUGCAGAAUACAACCUCACGCUCAGCAAAUCAACUCAGGGAACCGCUCUCGAAGCAGACUAUAGUAAACAUGUUGAAGACGUCUACCGCCUCCUUACCCUCGACCACAUCAGGCGCACCUUGUCUCUCGAAAUUCUGAACGCCGUCCAACACAACCCCACAUUCACCUCUGUCACCAAUUUCUCAUGCCCUACUUGGGUCCCGCGCAGAGACCAAUUUCACGAUAUGCCGAUCUUAGGUCUCUACAUCUCUAAACACAUCGCCUCGGCCAACAGAGAUGUCAUCUUCAACUCAAGCCCCUCGUUCCCCUUCACACUAACCGUCCGCGGCACCCUGCUCGACACCAUUUCCUGCCACACCAAAGUCCUGUGCACCAGAGACUCCGACCUCCCACUCACUACUACCACCACCCCGCUGACGCCUGACUCCGAACCCGUCCAACGCCUUGGGACAUCCUGCCCCAUCGCCAGGGUCUGGGUCUCCACUGGGACCACCACUGCGGACCCGAACAGCUAUCCCCAGCUCGGCUGGCCUCGCAUGGGCAGCAGUCUGUUUGCAGCCUAUCGCACCACGUGGGUAGCAGACAACAAUUUUACCUACGGCGAGAAUGGCAGUUGGCAUCGCUACCGCGACUCUGCAACGUACGUGUGCGACAAGCGCAAGUUCUUCAUCACGUCGAUGAGGUUUUUCGGCAUUGGGCCAGGCGCGCUGAUGACUGGAGAUGACGUGGCGGUGUUGUUGGGGGCGGACGUGCCGUUUGCAUUGUGGAGGGUUCUGGGCGCCGAACAUGGAGAAGAGGAAGGCGAAGCGCAGGAUGGGGAGGGGCAAAAGUAUGCGUUGGCGGGGGAGUGCUGCGUGCGUGGGCUGAUGCAGGGGCAGGCGAUAAGGGCGGGCUUGAAACAGAAGGAUAUCGUUCUAAUUUGA